GCAACCAAGCGUCUGUUGUCGAGUCUGUACGAGACGUCGCAACAUAUGUGCAGAGCCCUGGCGCACCCCAGCCAACAACGAAGCUCGCUGGCCUCUCACCAGUCGACACGUGCACUGCCGACAAAAAAAACAGCCUCCUCCUGGUGAAGCCGCAAUGUUUGUCUCUGCGCGCACGCGUCUCUUGUCUUGAAUUGGGUCAUGCUACGAGGGGUUACGCGCGACUCCGCCUCACUCUUUUCUCACUUUUCGUUGUAUACUCCUUGACGACGUCCAUUCAAUAAGGCUAAGCAGUGCGUGCCGAGCCACGUUGGGCGGAGGGAUGGUCUGGCCACUGGGGAGAGUGAUCAAAGAGACCGAGGAUACAGCCUACGGAUUAGUCGUCUUCAAAACAAAUGUCGCCGAGUUCAGACCGGAUAUCUCGAACUGUAUGUCAAUCUGCUAUCAAGUCACCACCUCUUUCCAUGUUCUGGAGAAUUGCGACUGUCUACGUCAUGACGUGAGAUCUGAUCUCGACUUGGUCAUCCCAAGCUUAAUGUAUACGCUUGGUACCUGCCGCGAUGCAUUUGCAGUCACGGAUCCGUCGGCAUAUUACAAUGGCCAAGCUGCCAGGCAUUAUCGAAUCAUAUGGUUGGAUCUGCAGUCUGCUUUCAUGCGAGAAGGAAUGAACCUUCUAGGACGACUUGCUCUAUACGCAAGGUUUAUCGAGGGCAUUGUCAAGACAGCGAGAGGACACCACCGCGCUCAUAGCCGCGACAUGGAAAAAGACCGAGCUCGUCUCGAUCGUUUACUGUUGAAACAGGAGGGCGAUCCAGAAGACACGGCGAAAUCGUACCAAUUUACAUUACCUCCACUUGCAAUCAACCGUAGGCCGAUCAACUUUUCCCACGUUCCUGCAUCAUACCCACCACCUAUCCCAGAACCAGCUCCCUUGUCGCCAACUUAUUCCAACUCGUCCUCGCAAUCUUUUUCAACGACACACACUUAUGGCACUGGAUCAGGUUCCUUGCUCGCAGAGCCAAAUCAUUGGGCUAGGAGGAUUUUCGAUGGACAGCACCCAGUUCACCCUCUACCCUACGAUAUCGAACCAACGAGGUGCUAUGGCACCCAUCAACCCGGCCUUCUCUUAGACCUACAUCGUGAAAACUCGUUCAAGGUCCUGGAAUUACCCUUCGAAUCAAGUAGUGCCAAGGUUCUUCUAUUCUACAGAGUUGGAGACAAGCGUGCCCGUAUCGUCUUUACUGAAAAGGGGCAGCGUGAGCGACAUUGGUACAUCAUGGCUCUGAGUUCUCUGACAAUUAGGCGGGCGGGCUCAGCACUACAGCUUCGACGAAUCAAUCAGUACGACGGUAAACAUGACAUCUGGGCCAGGCUAAAGUUUUCCUGUCACGAGAGAAUGGUGCUACUCUUCUGCGUCAUCGUGGCUAUGAAAAUGCAGGACCCAACGCUGUAUCCCAUGGCGCUUGACGAGUUUCCUCUACAGGGGGGUGAGUCUCUAUGUUGGAGUGGGGAGAUUCAGAAUGAAAAUCUUCGGCAUAUCAUGCGUAUAUGGAGAGAUUUCGACUCCAGUUGCUUGCGAAUUGAAGUCACACCAAAACGAGGCCGUAUGAAGGUCUGUCCCAUAUGGACAGCAUUCUUGAAUGAAUAUGUCAACGAGCCUGGCUGGGUCAAACGUAUCAAUCCGUCUGUCGUAUAUCUUCGAAAACUACAUCCAUAUAUUUUUCAUGAAACCUACGGUUUACGCUUCAGUACGACUGGGUGGAUCAAAUUGGAAUUUACAUACCCUGAUGACGCCGACGCGCUUAUGGAUGUCUGGGACGACAUAUGUGCUGGACGAAUUUGACUGCCGCAUUAAAAGUAUUACUAAACUCUUUACGAUAGCGACGAUUCACGACUUACGGUAUGCUUUACGACGUUAUGAGUGAUAUCCCAGUUUUGACGAUUUCCUUCUCGAGCGAUUCGUAAGAGAAACAACAGUCUUUGACAUAAUGAUAAUUUCUCUAUUUGACUAUCAAAUUGGAAUAAAACCCUCUCGGUGAAUUGUACCAAGCUAAGCCCGCUAUUGUUUCACUUAUGUAGAAGAGAUAAAGUGAAUAUCAGCUCCGGUCAGACCUUGCUAGAUUUUUCCACCUGACCGAGC